AAGUUGCCUAAAAUGGAGCAGGUAUAAGAGAUUAAGAAUGUUACACCAUAGACCAAUAAGAUUUGAAGGGCUAAAACAUAACAACAAGGAGAGCAUAGAAGCAUCUUUAGAGCAGUCAUCUAUGGAAUCCAAAACGACAGCAGCUUCAUCACAACCCAUGAGCAAGAAUGCUCUUAAGAAAGAAAAGAAGGCUAGAGAAAGGCAGCUGAAAGAGGAGGAGAAAAAGAAGGUUUCAGCAACUGGAAAACCAGAGCACCAGAAGCCACAUGGAGCAGAUGAAGAUAAUAUGGACCCAACGCAAUAUUUGAACAACAGACUAAUGAGCUUGGCAUCACUUAAGGAACGUGGUUUGAAUCCAUAUCCUCAUAAGUUCGCUGUUUCAAUGUCCAUAACUGAUUUUAUUGGCAAAUAUGGAACUUUGAGCGUUGGUGAACAUGUUGAAAGCACUGAAAUAUCUUUAGCUGGGAGAAUCAUGAAAAAGAGGAUAUCAUCUUCAAAACUUUACUUCUACGAUCUUCACGGUGAUGGAGCUAAAAUUCAAGUAAUGGCAGAUGCAAGGCAUUCUAACAUGGAUGAAGAUGAGUUCUCAAGGUAUCACUCUGGUGUGAAGAGAGGUGACAUUGUUGGUAUCUGUGGAUUUCCUGGGAAAAGCCGAAGAGGAGAGUUAAGUGUAUUUCCAAGGUUGAUGACGGUACUAGCCCCAUGUCUUCACAUGUUACCAAGGCAAUCAGUUCACUCUAGCACAGAUGAAGACCAUAACAAGGAUGAGAAGAAAGCAACUAAUUAUAGAUGGGCGCCUGGAAUGGCCAGGAACCCAGAAAUUUACGCCUUAAAAGAUCAGGAAACUCGAUAUCGUCAACGUUAUUUAGAUCUAAUGUUGAAUCCAGAGGUUCAACAAAUAUUUAGAACCAGGGCCAGAAUCAUCUCUUAUUACAGGAAUUUCCUCAAUAAUCUUGGAUUCAUAGAGGUGGAAACUCCUGUGAUGAAUAUGAGAGCAGGGGGAGCUGCAGCCAGGCCAUUUAUUACCCACCACAAUGAGUUGGACAUGAAACUGUAUAUGCGUGUUUCCCCAGAGCUUUAUCUCAAGAAAUUGGUUGUUGGUGGAUUUGAUCGUGUAUAUGAGAUUGGAAAAAGUUUCAGAAAUGAGGGGAUGGAUCUAAUUCAUAUUCCAGAAUUCACAAUGUGUGAGUUUUAUAUGGCUUAUGCUGAUUACAAUGACAUGAUGGAAUUAAUAGAAGAAUUGCUAUCAGGAAUGGUGAAGGAGCUAACAGGGAGCCAUAAAAUAAGAUACCAUGUCAAUGGAUCUGAUCAUGAGCCUAUAGAGAUUGAUUUUACUCCACCUUUCAGAAGGAUUGACUUGGUCGAGGGUUUGGAGAGUAUGGCAAACAUCAACAUACCCAAGGAUCUUUCUACUGAAGCUGCUAAUAAGUAUUUGUUGGAUGCAUGUGAAAGGUUCAAUGUCACUUGCCCUCCUCCACUCAGCACAACUCGGUUGCUAGACAAGCUUGUGGGCCAUUUUCUUGAAGAAACUUGUGUGAAUCCUACUUUUAUAAUCAACCAUCCAGAGAUCAUGAGUCCAUUAGCUAAAUGGCAUAGAUCAAAACCAGGCUUGACUGAGCGCUUUGAAUUAUUUGUUAACAAGCGAGAGUUAUGCAAUGCCUACACUGAACUAAAUGACCCUGAAGUGCAGCGUGAGCGAUUUGCUGAGCAACUUAAGGAUCGACAAAUGGGUGAUGAUGAGGCAAUGGUUUCAGAUGAAUCUUUUUGUACUGCUUUGGAGUACGGGCUACCCCCAACUGCUGGACUGGGAAUGGGAAUUGAUCGGCUUGCCAUGCUGUUGACUGACUCACAAAAUGUCAAGGAAGUACUUCUAUUUCCAGCCAUGAAACCUCAAGAAAAGACUUCACUUUAGUCUCAAAGGUGCAGCGCCAUUGAUAUAUAGCACAGUUGACCCUGCAAUUACAGGAAUUUGCGAAAGCUACUACGGCCACGCUACAGGCACUUACUAAGAUUGAAGUUGAUCAUCAAAUACUUUACACCAUUAUUUUUCUCAGUUAUUUUUUCUUGACUUGUACAAUGUGUGAUUGUCAUGGAGAUUGGAGGCCAUUCUUGUUUAUAGAUGUCUGUUCUUUGAUUUAU